AUGCGAAGGAACACAGGAUAUGGCGGAUGGGAGGCUAGCUCAGCAGGGAGGAGGGGGAGAAGGCAGGGGGGAGAAGAGGUGCGAGAGGGGAGAAGAGGUGCGAGGGGGGAGAAGAGGUACGAGGUGGGGGAAGGCGCAGCGGAUGGGCGCAGCGGAUGGGCGCAGCGGAUGGGCGCAGCGGAUGGGUGCAGCGGAUGGGCGCAGCGGAUGGGCGCAGCGGAUGGGCGCAGCGGAUGGGCGCAGCGGAUGGGUGCAGCGGAUGGGCGCAGCGGAUGGGCGCAGCGGAUGGGCGCAGCGGAUGGGCGCAGCGGAUGGGCGCAGCGGAUGGGCGCAGCGGAUGGGCGCAGCGGAUGGGUGCAGCGCGAGAGGAGCGAGGGGAGCGAGGGGCGCGGGAAUCGCCCACCGUUGAGUUAA